GAAAUAAUCACCAAAGUGUUAUUAGUUUUGUGCCUUUAAUUUGAGAAGUUAGAAGAAAGUCAUAACUUGUCUAAAGGAGUUCGUCUAAAGAAAGGUUACAAUUUACAAAACACAUCUACAUAUUUAUAUUCAAAGAGGAGAAAAGAUUUGUAAACAAGAACAACUAUUAUGAGUUCGCCAAUUUUAAGAUUAUUUUUUAAUCUUCAGCUAAAAUAAUGUCAAAUAUUUAACAAAAAAAGCAAUUUGUUAUGAAAAUAUUAACAAACAAAGAAUAAAUAUUCCAUAUUUAGAUUAUUUGUAUUUAUGAUUAUUUUUUAAUUAAAAGUUUAAAAUUAAACCCAUAUUCCUAAUUAAUGAUAAACAAAAAAAAAGCAAGAAAAUCGAAAAGCAACCCAACCCGUGAAAAAUAUUAAUAUUAAUAUUAAAAAUUUUAUAAUAAUUAGAUUAAAAAAGUGAAUAAAAAGAAAAUAAAAAGAAAUCAUAAAAUAUUAUCUAGCAGUUAGCGAAAAAAAAAUGGGGUCAAAUUUUAAAUAUCUAAUAUUUAUACUAGAAUUAAUAAUUAAUUUAACUAAUGGUGAUGUAAUCCUAAUACAAAACAGUAAACAACCAACUUCAAGUUCAACAGCGCCAGAACAAAAUUUUACAACGAAUAUUGAAAUAAAUGGUACAGAAUUUUCUACACCUUCAACAACAUCCAACAACAACAGUAUAAAUAGUGAUAAUAUUAAUUUAAAUGAAACAAUAAUUAAAAAAACAACGAAACCUAUAAUAUCGGCAACAACAACACCAUUACCGGCAAUUACAACUAGCAAUUUAAUGUUAAAUAACAAUACUGAUAAUGUUGAAACAAGUACUGAUACUACAAUUAAUACAACAAAAUUAACACCAUCGAUAUUAUCUUCAACAUCUGCAAUAGAAUCACAAACACAAUCAAAAACUACAACUACUAUUGAAAUUCCUAUAACAACAACAAAUAAUUCAACAAGUACUACAGCAGAUUCAGGUAGUGACACAACAAUUGUUGUUAUCAAAAGUAAAAGCACAUCUACAACAGUUGCCGAAGAUCUCUUAAUACCACCGUCAAAUGUUACACCAAAUAUUGGACAUAAGGAUGCUAUUAAUGAUGAUAAACAAAUUACCGUUAUUAAAACUGCGGAUUGUCCAUCGCUUGAAAAUGCUGAUUCAUUGUCACAGACACAAUUGAUUGAAAGGCUUACACAUGGUUGCAGAUAUGAUCGUCUGGAAAGACCAAUAACAUAUUUGGGUACUGGUGAAAAUAAAACACGAUUACCUGUGAAUGUUUUUGCAAGAGCAUACAUUUAUUUUAUGCAAAGUUUAGAGGCUCAUGAUUUACAAUUUAAAAUUCAUGCAUUAUUACAAAUGCGUUUUGUUGAUCCGCGGCUUGCAUUUAGUGAUAUUGCACCAAGUCGAAAUCAACCAAUUUUAGGAGAAGCUUCACUUAGACAGGCUUUAUGGAUACCACAUAUAUUUUUUGCAAAUGAACGUGACUCAAGUAUUUUGGGUACUGAUCAAAAAGAUGUUUUAACAUCAAUAUCUGGUGAUGGUACAGUUAUAUUAUCUAUACGAAUUCAAGCAACAUUAUAUUGUUGGAUGAAUUUACGUAAAUUUCCAUUUGAUGAACAACAUUGUGCAACAAAUUUAGAAAGCUGGAUGUAUAAUACAAGUGAACUAGUAUUACAUUGGGAAAAAAAAUCUCCAAUAACAUUAGCACCAGAACUACAUUUAACUGAAUAUGUUUUAAUGAAUAUGUAUCAUAAUGAAACGACUAUUAUAGCUGAUUUAUCAGAUUUACGGCAUGGAGCUUUUGCUGGAAAUUACAGUUCUUUGAGUUUUACCGUGCAUUUGGCUAGAGAAAUGGGUUUCUAUUUAAUGGAUUACUUUUUACCAUCAAUGAUGAUUGUUGCUAUAUCAUGGGUAUCAUUUUGGUUACAAGCAGAUCAGUCCGCUCCAAGAAUUACAUUAGGUACUAGCACUAUGUUAACAUUUAUAACGUUAGCAUCUGCUCAAGGAAAAACUUUACCGAAAGUUAGUUAUAUUAAGGUAUCAGAAGUAUGGUUCCUAGGAUGUACAGGAUUUAUUUUUGGCACUUUAGUUGAAUUCGCUUUUGUUAAUACUAUAUGGAGGCGACAUAAAAACGUUGAAUUAAAAAAAGUAAACUCAAAAUAUAUUUUGAAAUCAACUUUAACACCAAGAGCUGCUAGAAAAGAAUUGGGAUUACAAAAGUCUCAAUCAUGUACUAGUUUAGACAGACAAGGAUCAGUAAAAUCUGGAAAAAGUGGUAGUACUACCGCUGCCUAUAACAAUUAUUUAACUGUUCAUAGUUUUCAAAAUAUGCCAACUGUACCAAGUAAAAAUAAUUUACCGAUAAUUCGCACAGAAUCAGCUGAUGACUUUUUAGAUAAUGGGCAUAUUAGUAUUAAUAUGGAACCAUUAAAUCGAUCUAAUCAAAAUAUGAUAUCAAAUUCAACAUUAGAUGGUAAUGGCAAUAAUAAUAAUAUAAGUUGGACAACAAUGACACCACAACAAAUUGCAAUAUGGAUAGAUAAAAGAGCACGUUUUGUGUUUCCUAUAUCAUUUAUUGUUUUUAAUGCAUUAUUUUGGACAUUUGUAUAUGUUCUUUAACAAAACUAUUAUAAGAAAUUUGUUAAUUUAGAUUUAAAAGCAAAAUAUAAUAGCAAUAUUAAUUAUAACUUAAU